UGGUCGAUCAACGUGCUACGUGUUUUGCGCGCUCUCGCUCCUUUUAGCUUAGCUUCGUGUCCACAAUGUCCCUGGAUUCGAAACGUGAGAGACAUUUUCUCUACAAUAGUCUGUCAAUCCUGCUGAAGGCUGUAGAGAAGCAACGAACGAUAAUAGAUUUGCGAAACGAAGCAUCGAUUUUUGGCAUCGUCGAACAGACCGACGCAUACAUGAAUGUCGUGAUGAGGGACUGUGUGUUUACGGAUCCACGUGAGGAUUCCUUCAAGUUUGACAUGUUCUUCGUACAAGCGAGAAAUAUUCGUUGUGUUCAUAUUCCUCCGCAUAUACGGAUUAUACCAGCUAUCAAGGAACAAUUAAAACGCUUAAGCUAUCCAUCAAAGGAAAUGAAGAAUACAAAAUAUACUUUUAAGAACAAACGCACUCAGCAAAGGCAACAGGAAAGCCUCGAGGCUGUAGAACAAAUUUUAGAAAGUAGAGAAACCAAAAGUCAGUUCACAAAAUAAUAUAUGAUAUUUGUGACUUAAUUUAAUGGAUUUAAAUUAUUAGUCGUCCUUGAAUUUGAGUGCUAUUAAUCACUAUACAUAUUCAUGUACAUGAUAAGUUUGAUUUACUUUUUUUUUAUUGAAUAUACUUUACACUUUGUUAGA